UUGAACCGAAAAAAAAUUUCGCACCUACCUUACAUUCCGUAUUAUCGUUGUGUAUUUAAUAUUUAAAAAAAUACUUAAUAAAGAAAGCAGAUAGCAGUUUUACUGGACGUGAACAACCUUUCUAAAGUAAAAAACGGACAUAAUACUUAGAGUACAAGCUUAUCUAAUGGAAGAAAUACGUAAAGACAAACUUUCCAUACCCAAAAAGUAUAGAAGAUAUUAUUGUAAAACGUGUAACAUAUUUACUAACUCUGAUAAUCAAUUGAACCAACAUUUAGAGGGCGUACGACAUCAGCAGAGGACAUUAACAUGUCGUACUUCUAGUAAUAAUGCUGGAUAUAAUAGCUAUGGAUGCGAUCAGACAGUAUACAUUCCCUUAUUCAUCAUCGCUGUUGUAACAAUGUUCAUAUUUUUCUACGCAAUCAUUAUGUUUAGUGGGUAGGGUUGAAAAUGGGUGCAAUGUAUCAAGUCCGCCAUUAGUUUCCCGGCACACUGGGGCGUGGGCGUCGGGGGUGUGGCGCGGGGCGUGGGUGUCCCCGUGCCACCCCCCGGCGACCUACUCGCCACUAUAUCCAUGUUCGAACAACAGAUCAAGGCUGAGCCCAUGAGCUUUUACACAUCCCAUUCACAUGUACACUCCGGUCCCCCAACAAUAGUCCGAUCGGAUUCAAACCAAGGGAUCAUAAGCAUGCAUCACCAACAACACCAAGAAGACUCAAAGGACAGCCUUAUAGUGCAACAACAAGUACAACACCAACAGGAUCUUAUGGAACAACACCAACAACAGGAAUUGCAACAACAACAGGAUGAUGAGCUGAGCUUCAAAGGAAUGGACGAUGAAGGCGUUGAAAUGGAAAUGGAUAGCCGGCAAUGUUCCCAGGGCAUGGGUGUGGACCUGGGUUCAGUACAAACCAAAAUGGAAGUGUCAAACGGUGGCGGCCAAUCGGCUCCACGAUCUAAACCGCAGGCUUGUAAAGUUUGUGGCAAAGUACUAUCGUCCGCGUCAUCCUAUUACGUCCACAUGAAACUUCAUUCAGGAAAUAAACCUUUCCAAUGCACGGUAUGCGACGCGGCAUUUUGUCGCAAACCGUACUUGGAAGUGCACAUGCGCACGCACACAGGGGAGCGUCCCUUUCAAUGCGAUCUUUGCCUGAAGCGAUUCACACAAAAAUCCAGUCUCAAUACGCACAAACGCGUCCACACAGAUGAGCACAUGCGCGCGUUGUUGGUGAAGGACCGGCCCUACAAGUGUGAGCUCUGUCAGAUGCGGUUCACGCAGAGCUCCAGCCUCAACCGACACAAGAAAAUACAUACGGAGGAACACAAGCGUGCGCUGCUGGCUAAGGACCGUCCCUACCAGUGCGGCAUCUGCCUUGUGAGAUUCACCCAGAAAUCGAGUUUGGGCCGGCACGGAAAAAUACACACCGAGGAGCACAGACGAGCCCUGUUAGAGAAAGUGCGGCCGUACCAGUGCCACAUCUGUUUUAUGCGCUUCACUCAGAAGUCCAGCCUGGGACGUCAUGGGAAAAUACAUACUGAGGAGCACAUCCAAUCGCUGAUCAACAAAGUGCGCCCCUAUCAAUGUGACAUCUGUGACAAGCGGUUCACGCAGAAGUCCAGCCUUGGCACUCAUAAACGUAUACACACCGGGGAGCGGCCGUUCCAGUGCACCGUCUGCCUCAAGUCCUUCACGCAGAAGUGCGCGCUCAAUUUGCACGAAAAGAUACAUACGGGCGAGCGGCCCUAUCAGUGCGACGCGUGUCUCAAGCGCUUCACACAGAAGUCCAGCCUCAAUAUACAUAAGAGGACGCACACAGUCCAGGGCAGACCGUUCCAGUGCCUGUCGUGCCCCGCCGCCUUCACCUGCAAGCAAUACUUGGAGAUUCACACGCGCACCCACACCGGCGAGCGACCCUAUCAGUGCGACAUCUGUCUCAAGCGCUUCACUCAAAAAUCCAGUCUCAACAUACACAAGCGGACGCACUCAGUGCAGGGGCGGCCCUUCCAGUGCCUGCAGUGCCCCGCCGCCUUCACGUGCAAGCAGUACCUCGAGAUCCACAACCGCACGCACACCGGCGAGCGGCCCUACCAAUGUGACGUCUGCCUCAAGAGAUUCGCGCAAAAGUCGACACUCAACAUACACAAAAGAACGCACACAGUGCAAGGUCGCCCGUACCAAUGCAUGGAGUGUCCGGCGGCGUUCACAUGCAAGCCGUACCUGGAGAUACACAUGCGCACGCACACCGGCGAACGUCCGUUCGAGUGCGAUGUCUGUUACAAACGCUUCUCGCAGAAAUCCACGCUCAACAUUCACAAACGCAUUCAUACCGGAGAACGUCCAUACGCAUGUGAUAUUUGUCAGAAACGCUUUGCUGUGAAGAGCUAUGUAACAGCUCACAGAUGGUCGCACGUGGCGGACAAGCCGCUGAACUGCGACCGGUGCUCGAUGACGUUCACGUCGAAGUCCCAGUUCGCGCUGCACAUCCGCACGCACUCCGCCGGCUCCUGCUACGAGUGCAGCGUCUGCGGCCGCAGCUUCGUUAGGGAUAGCUAUUUAAUAAGACACCACAACCGCGUCCACCGCGAGAAUCACAGCAACGUGUCCGCGAACAGCAUCGGCACCCUUAACAGCGUCGCGACCAACACGAACAAUUCCAAUAGUAACUAUGACUCGCCGGGCGUUUGUGACUUAAGCUUUGUGCCAAUGGUGAAUCGUUACAUGACAUCGCAAGGUACCCAAGUGUCCAUGCAAGACACUCAGAGCAAAAUGUCAGCGAUGUCGCCGCAAUCCAUUGCGUCUAUAUCAUCGCCUCCCCCUUCACACACCCCCACGCCCCAACCCCAGAUGUCGGGUCAGAUGCAUCUCGCAGACUGAUCAUGAAAAUAGCUGUCGGUUGACUAUCGCGCGGCCAGAGUGCAAUAUUUAAAAUUUGGCAGCCAGCAACAGGAGCAGCUAUCAGACAGAGAGAAGGCCAACUAUACCAUUCCUUCUCUAGGAUCGUCAGCAUGGACUCAUGCAAAUAUAUUCUGUUUACGUCGAGUUAUUUAGUUGUAUCCAUCGUUGAUUUCGUCGCCCGUGACGUGUGUACGAGUAACAACAGUAUACUGUGGUUUGACAUUAUUAACACAUUACUAAACUAAACACAGCGCUUUGUAACUCCAUGAUGGAUUUUAAUACGUGGUGGAGGGCGACGGGUGUGCUCUCGUUGAUCUAUUCAGAUUCGUAAUCGCGUAAUAUAUUUUUUGUAGUGCUGUACUAAAAAUAUUAUUGGAUCUUACAAAGAGUACGCAGAUACUAUUUACGAUAUGAAUGGACAGAAAUUUUAUUAGCCUGUAUUACUUUAAUUAAAAUAGGUCGUCAUCAGUGCAAUAAUAAUACCUAAAUGAUUUAAAUUGUUUUAAACAAUAUCAUUUAAAAGAAUAUUUUAAAUAAUGUUAUUAUAUGUACUUAUUUAUUUAAAGUUUUAUUUACAUCAAAUUAUAUUUUCCUAUUACAGAUUUAUUCGAGCAUUUGUGUGUAACACAAAAAUAAAAAACAAAAAAAAAAACUGGAAUGCUAAACUAAAAAAAUAAAUUAUGAUUUAUAUUUUCGGACAUAGUGAUGAUAUAAAUAACGUUUUAUUUAGUACGAGCACUGUGACCCGUCGCCGAGGCUGUGUUUAGGGUGGCGUGUGACACGUGGAGGAGAGCAUGGAGUCGGUUUGGUUGCGCUUGUGGAAUCCCUCGACAACACCAGGUGGACAUCACGAUACAGACGAGAACGCAGAGUAGUCACGUAGCGGUACCGCCUAUCAUGUGUGCAUUGUGAUUUUUACCCACGCUGUGAUUUAUCUAUACCAUCACUUCACCCUGUGGUGGCGUUCAUAAAUCAUUAGGUACUUUAAAGUCUCAUCAUUUAGAAUGUAGGCCUAAAAUUUUUGAUCUCAUAUUCUAAUUUGCUUAGUGAUAAAUUUUGGAAUCGUGAAUGGUUAGUCUUCAAAUGAAAUUCUAAAUUGUAACGUUCGCCAUUCGCUUAUUAUUGUCAUACCCAUUUUCAUUAGGCGUAGUGAAAUGUAACAAUAUCUUAUUGCGAUGCUUUAACUUAGAAUGUGUCAGUGUAUAUGGAAGUUCAGUAAUUUUAUACAACUGUUACCGACGGGAGGUAAAUGUAUUUUAAUCGCUGUGAAAUUUAAAGGACUCUAGAUGAUAUUCCUCAAGAUUAAUCUGUAAGAAUUCUUUAAAUAAAGAUUCAGGUUCAUAUAAAAUAAUAAUAAUAUUGAUAAGUACAAAAUAAUACCAUAAACUAGCAGAGUCCUGAGAGGCAAUACUGAAAGCUUCACAAAAAUGAAUAACUUUAAUAUGAUGUUUAUUGGAGAAAUCCAGAGAAGUGCCUGUUGCAACAUAAAAUUGGCAAUAUUUUUGAAUCGUAUUACGUUGAGAGUAAUAUUAUGUUCAGUGUUGGAUGUGCGUGUUGUCCGGACGCGCCACUGGCGGCGCCACUGUGCCGCGCACAGAGCCUAUCAUUUGUGAAGCUUCUUACUAACUUUGUGUGCCUUCUAGCGGAUAGCGACAUUAGGCAAUAUCAAUCAUAAUACCAUCAAAUAUCACCAUUUAUUUUCUCAUACAUGUGAAAUGAAUUCGUGUUACGGCUCCUACAUGCAGACUAUGCCGCCGGGCAUGCCGCAGUACAGCGGCGUGGCGGCGGCACAUUCCUCCGGCGGCCGCACUGUACAAACUAAAAGCGGCCGCGGCAUAAACACCAUGUGUGUAGGAACCCUUAGAGGUAGUGACGUAAAUGAUAGUUUACAGCAUUACAUUGUUUACCGUAUAGGAGAUAUCGUCGUAUCUAUUUAGUGAACGUAUUUUGGCAGAACCAUUAUUUCCAUUAGUAUUUUUGGAGUAACGAUAAUUACGAUAAUGAAUAGUAUAUAGAGCAGUAGUCUUCCAAUACCUUGAGACAGUUCUUUGCACUGGAGUGCAGCUAAAGUGUCCGCUGCGGGGGUUCCUUAUGGUUUGCCAUUAUUGAUAUCAAAGAUAGAUUGGUGCCAUUUCUAUGUAAAUGAAGCGGUAGAGUAAGUUUAGUUAAGUCUGCAGACUGCAGGUCAGGGUAGAACUGGAAAUAAAAUAUUGUAAGAGAAGCUAAUACUAUAUUCUCGUAAGUGUAUUUAACUGACGUGUAUACCUUUGUAUUGUUUGUGUUCCUCUGCUGUGUUAUUGUUUACUGUAGGUACAUUAUUUUAUUUCCAUACCGUACGAGUAUGUGUCCAUGUGCUGGGUCAGAUUUGUAAAUAUUGGUAGGAUUUAUUUAUUCAAAUUUUUGGAGGCAAAGCAAAAUUGUAGAUGAGGAUUUAUGAUUUGUAGAACCGUCUCAUUCUACAGUCUGAAUCGGAUUUCGUACUGAGAACGUUAUUUGAACUAAUGUUAGCGUUAGCGCAAACUAUUAUUUGGGUACUAUUGAUUAUUGAAGAUCAAAAUUUCUUGUAGAUGUACAUAAGUAUACAUAUAAUAAUAUAAUAUACAUAUGAAUGUUGUUUGAUAGUCCUCAAUAUUUUUUUAUAUUUUGAUAGUUCUGUAUUUAAAAAAAAAUCACGAAAAAUAGGCCAAUAUCUCAUUAUCAUUUUAAUAAAUAAUAUGUACACUGUAUGUUAAGGUAAAAUAAUAUUACGGAUGCAUUUAGUUGCCCAGAAAUUUUACAUAAAUGUAACGAUCUAAAAUUAUCCGCGUUUUAAAUUCUUAAUCAUUUAGUAAGUUUCUUACCAAGCCAUUGAUAACAGUAUUAUUUAGACAAACUAGAACUUGGGUUUAAAGAUAGUAUAAAUCUAACAGCUACCAUUAUAUAAAAUGAUCACCAUUGAAAUUUUUAAUCCAUAGUUAUGAAUACUUUGUAUGUAAUUGCAUUGGCCCGCGACGAAUGAACCGCGCCGCCUACCAAUGUACAUUACCUUAUAUACUUAAUUCUUAUCCAUAGAUAUUAUGAAUGGAAAUAGAAACACCAACAUAGUGAACUAGGUAGAUUUAACUAUGUAUACACUAUCUCAUUCCCUUCAAUAACUUUGUUGGGGCGAUUGUUUCUUUUUGAUUCUAGAUUAAUAUAUUUUGUUGUUACAUGCUUCCUCUCUGUAUAAUUAUUGUUUUCUAUUAUUACUCAUGAUCUUUAUGUUAUUCGCCCCGGCCGAGUCAAUGAAGGCACCGAGAAUAUUAUAAUGAUUGUCCUCGUCUUCUUGCGAAUUGUACAACGAAUUGUCGAUACCAAUAAUUGCAGUGUAAUCAAUUUAUUUACGCUCGAGUGAUGUUCGUAGGACAUUCGCUAUACAAAUGGCAAUGAGACGAGGACACUACACGUACAAUAUAAGACAGUGAAGAGUCACAAGUUGCGAAUUUAUAAUCCGCUGGAGCUAUCUAUUGGGUGGAUGAUUUGUGUAUUUUCACUGAUCUAACUAUUUUACAUACCGAUGUUAGUUUAAUAUAUUAUAGAGAGUAAAUACUGAGCCAUUUGAAUUUACGUAAUCGAGCAGUAUGAGUUUGUUUUUUAUGUCUGUUAUCCCAUUUGUUUUCGAACCGUAGAAAAGACUGAGGAAUUCACAACGUUAAAAGAAUACUCACGAAAUUAUUGGCAGCGUUAUGUAUUAUGUUUGUUGAUCUUUUUAUUGUUUAACAUCAGAUCGGUUGUGGUGAUGGACCAACCAAUGUUUGUAAGCUCUAUUUUUGGUUAAGAAAUCGUACAUAUCCUUACCCCGUGAACGUUAUUGUAUACUUUGUUGUCGAGACGUGGAGACUAGUCCAGGAGGCCGCGGCGAUGGCUGCAGCCGCCGACCAGUUAUACUGAACUUGAUCGUGGUAGUUUAAACAAAAUAACAGUGAGCCUUGUGUAAUCAUAUUCUCUAAGGUACAUAAAUAUUUAGUUCUAUUGUAUGGUUAGAUUUACGCGAUCUUCCGCUUUGCCAACAUAUUGCGUUGCUUACAUUAUAAUCAUACAAGAGUACAGCCUAAGGAUUUUAACUUUUUUUAUAUACUGAGAGCUAUUUCUAAGUCACUGGUUUUAUACUAUUUAUAAUUAUACGCUAAUCAAGCUAAAUUUAACGGCUAUAAGCCACCACUACACUUUUGGAGUAAUUUACAUGAUUUUAAUUGCAAUUUAUUAAUAACGUCUGUGAGCAAACAUCAUGGCAUGAUAAUUUAUAUCAUUCAGUACGCGGUCAUUUAGUUAUAGCUCUUCAGAGUUUUGAUGACCAAUAUUUUUAAUUGCAACUGUUUCUUUAUUGUUAAAAUUUUUAGGCUAGUUUAUAUUUGAAAUAAGUUAGAUUUGUUAAUUAUUGUGGUGUAUUGAAUUGCACGUGAAUAUAGCUCUCACAGCCUCCUUUACAUAUAUAGUUAUUUUUUUUAUAGUCUGAAGUGAAUGUGAUAAAUUUUUAUUAUUAUAAUUAUUAUUGGUUUGUUUAAUAACUAAAAGUGGUUCAUAUUGUUUAUUGUUAAUACUUUAAGUAUAUUCUCGGCAGCCGGCGUGGGCCGUAGAGAGGGCUGUAAGAGCAUUUAUGUAGUCAGCAUUAUGUAUAUGCUUUAAUGUGAUUUUUUAAAUGUACUCUUUAUUAUAGUCUCAUCAAUCAAUAUUAUAAUUAGCGAACUAACAAAAACAUUUAAUUUUUUUCAGUUCAUAGUGAUUUAUAAUGAGAUCAAAAUAAUAAAUACAGAGUUUAUAUUUUAAUUUUAUGAAAAGUAUACACUGUAAAAUUAUUCUUUAGUGCUCAUUUUGCAGAGCUCUAAUAAAAAAGAAACUAUAUGAAUGCAAAAUAACAAGUCACGAUUCUUUUAGAAGUCGCCAUGUAGUGGAGAAAAAUAAACGUGCCAUGAUAUUUGUGGCUA